CCUCCUCUCCUGGAUGGUAUAAUGAUAAAAAUAGAAGACAACUGGAGAAUUGUACACAAGUUGUUUUAUGGAGUAAGGUCUAUUUCUAUGUGUGUCAGUACUCUUUGUCCAGAGCCUUAGAAAUUAGCUGUUUUCUUACUAAAUUUGUUGAGAGAUACAAACUGAUAUGCAUUCGCUUUGUAAACCUAUAAUAAAACUAAGACAAUCAUAUGACCACCAAAAAUGUUAAGAUCUUGGAUAAGAAUUAAAUCAGACCCAUAAAAAAUUUCAAAUGGAGGCGUGGACCCCUUUGGAAAUCUUAGAGCGAGUAUGUGGACCACAGGUGGAAAACCACUAUUGUAAAGGAUAAAGAUUUUUUUCCUGGCCUCAUUUCCAGAAUCUUCAGAAAAAUAAAUGUCAUGUGAAUUAAAUGCUCAUGAAAGGUUCCAAUGUGACAGCACAAGUGAAAGCUUCUCUAUUGCCCCUGCAUAUCCUUAGGUUUUUGGUGGCUCUUUCAGACUCUCAGAACUUUCCCGAAGACAUCAGUGCAGUUGAUGGUACAGCCAUGGGCUCUACAAACGCAAUGUUAGAAGGUGCUGCAACUGUUACAAUGGAAGAGAGAACAACAGCGUCCAGGCAAGUUGCAAAAAUAAAAUUCUAGAGUUUCACCUAUUGCCAAGUUUCAUUUAAAUGUGAAGGAGAAUGUCUUUAUUUAAAGCCCGAGAUUGGUGGUCAACAGCUCUUGGAGAAAAAGAAGAAUUUGAUCAAGGGUGUUUAUGUGUAGCUGAUGUUGACAACAGCGGCAGUGGACAAGAUAAAAUAACUGUUGGCAGUUAUAUGGGAUAUCUUCGAAUCUUUAAUCCUCACCCUGUCAAACCUGGAGAUGGAAUGCAAGCUGAAGAUUUGCUCCUGGAAGUGCAACUGCGAGAUCCAAUACUCCAGGUGGAAGUAGGAAAAUUUGUUUCUGGUACUGAACUACUUCAUCUGGCUGUACUGCAUUGCAGAAAACUGUGUGUGUAUGCUGUCUCAGGAACUUUGGGGAAUGUGGAACAUGGGAACCAGUAUCAUAUCAAACUUAUGUAUGAACACAAUCUUCAGCGAACAGCCUGCAACAUGACUUAUGGACCAUUUGGUGGUGUGAAAGGUCGAGAUUUGAUAUGCAUACAGUCCAUGGAUGGCAUGCUUAUGUUGUUUGAACAGGAAAGCUAUGCUUUUGGCCGAUUUCUACCUGGUUUUCUUCUGCCUGGUCCGUUAACUUACAGCUCUCGAACAGAUUCCUUCAUUACAGUCUCUUCCUGUCAACAAGUUGAGAGCUACAAGUACCAAGUGCUGGCAUUUGCAACAGAUGCUGAUGAAAGACAGGAGACAGAGCAGCAAAAAAUGAGUUCUGGAAAAAGGCUUGUUAUGGAUUGGGUUUUAAACAUUGGAGAGCAAGCACUGGAUAUAUGUGUUGUGUCCUUUAAUCAGACCUCCUCUGUUUUUGUGCUUGGUGAGAGAAAUUUCUUUUGCCUUAAGGAUAAUGGGCAAAUUCGAUUCAUGAAAAAACUUGAUUGCAGUCCAAGUUGCUUCCUUCCUUAUUGUUCAGUGUCUGAAGGAACAAUAAACACUCUGGUUGGAAACCAUAAUAACGUGUUGCAUGUUUAUCAGGAUGUGACAUUGAAGUGGGCCACUCAGCUUCCCCAUAUUCCUGUAGCAGUAAAAGUGGGCAAUUUACAAGAUUUGAAAGGUGUUAUAGUUACUCUGAGUGACAGUGGGCACCUGCAGUGUUCCUACCUUGGUACCGAUCCUUCUCUGUUCCAGGCUCCUAAGGUUGAAUCUAGGGAAAUAAACUAUGAAGAACUUGACAGAGAAAUGAAAGAGCUUCAGAAAAUCAUCAAGGAGUCCACAAAAACACAAGAUAUUUUGCCCAAAUCUGAAAAAGGUUAUGAUGAUUUGAGAAUCAUGGCAGAAGUUUCACCUGACUUGGAUGUAGUUUCUCAAGCCAUUGACAGUGAGGUGAGAGCAGAGGCAGUUCCUUCAGUCACAGUAAAGAUCACACUACAGAGUAGAUUGGCUGUGCAGAAAACAAAAUUAUCAAUAUGUGUACAACCUCCUUUAGCACUGACCCAUGACCAGUUCAUCUUUGAUGAUAUAGAGUCGGGCAGAUCUAAAGCUGUAGCUCUGUCUGUCUUUCUGAAAGGGAAUUGUCCACCAGCAGAGCUGGAAGGAAAUGCUGUGGCUUCCUAUAGUACGCCCACAGAUCUCAAUCCUGAAGGAAUACCAAGAGUUGCUCAGUGUAAAUUUAGACUACCCUUGCGAUUAAUCUGCUUUCCAGCUCAACCUUCAAAAACAGCAAACCACAAACUAACUAUUGAUACCAAUAAACCUCCUGUCAGUCUUGUGAACCUUUUCCCAGACUUUGCUGAUCAGUCUGAUGAAGAUCAGGUAAAUGUUCUGGGAUUCCAGUUCUUAACUGGCUCUAGAAUCACUCUUCUUGCUUCAAAAACCUCACAGCGGUAUAGAAUCCAGAGUGAACAAUUAGAAGACCUUUGGCUAAUCACAAAAGAGCUCACUUUUCGUCUUGAAGAACAUUUCAAGAAAGAAAAUAGCAAAGACUUCACAUGUACCUUUUCUGGUUCAGUUCCUUUACAAGAAUAUUUUGAACUAAUUGAUUGCCAUUUUGAGCUUCGCUUGAAUGCUGAAAAAUUUGAAGAACUGUUGUCUGAAAGAGCCAUACAAUUUAGAGCUAUUGAACGACGAUUACUAACUCGAUUCAAAGACAAAACACCUGCUCCCCUCCAACAUCUGGACACCUUGCUAGAAGGAACUUACAGACAGAUAAUAGCUCUAGCAGAUGCGGCUGAGGAAAACCAAGCCAAUAUGUUCCAGGCAUUCACAAAGUUGAAAAGUGCCACCCAGCUGGUGAUUUUGCUGAUUAGUCUGUGGCAGAAACUCAGUACUGACCAAGUUGCUAUUCUGGAAGCUACGUUUUUGCCAUUAAUGCAGGAUACCCAAGAGCUGGUAAGGAUCUGUGAGAUUUACUGAAAAUCUGGAAUUGUGGAAAAGUACGAACUGAUCAAUUAACUU